GCCGUGAGAGAAGGCAAAACAGGCCGGCGAUGCCGCGAACGAAGAGAGAAAACGAGAGCGGCGGAGAACAGGUGCAGAUGGAAACGGCUGUCGGCGCUGUCCACCCGGCACAGGUGUAACGUACCCCACGGCGCGGACCGUGCAAGCUCUCCAGCUCACCAAAGCCCCCCUUUUUUCCUGUGCUUUUCUCUCUCUCUCUCUCUGUCUACGCUACAUUCCUCCAGCUGGUGGUGCACGCAAUUGUUGGGCAGUGACAGUACUCGGUGUCGUCGCAAGCUCUCGGCUCCAAGGUGUCCCAUUGUACCUGUACCCGCUGCACCGGUGUCACAUAAAAGUUGAGGGUAACCAGAGUCCGGAGAGCAAGAGGCCCCAUCAGUAGCCCAUCAAGAUGGGCAAAGAGAAGAUCCACAUAAACAUCGUGGUGAUCGGCCACGUCGACUCGGGCAAGUCGACGACCACGGGCCACCUCAUCUACAAAUGCGGCGGCAUCGACAAGCGCACCAUCGAGAAGUUCGAGAAGGAGGCCCAGGAGAUGGGCAAGGGCAGCUUCAAGUACGCCUGGGUCCUGGACAAGCUGAAGGCGGAGCGCGAGCGCGGCAUCACCAUCGACAUUGCCCUGUGGAAGUUCGAGACCGCCAAGUACUACGUGACCAUCAUCGACGCGCCCGGGCACAGGGACUUUAUCAAGAACAUGAUCACCGGCACGAGCCAAGCCGACUGCGCCGUUUUGAUCGUGGCCGCUGGAAUCGGUGAAUUCGAGGCCGGCAUAUCAAAGAACGGCCAAACCCGCGAGCACGCCCUGCUCGCGUUCACCCUCGGGGUGAAGCAGCUUAUAGUCGGGGUUAACAAGAUGGACAUGACCGAGCCCCCGUACUCCGAGGCUCGCUUCGAGGAGAUAAAGAAGGAGGUGUCCUCGUACAUAAAGAAGAUCGGCUACAACACCGCCUCGGUGGCCUUCAUACCGAUAUCCGGCUGGCACGGCGACAAUAUGCUCGAGCCGUCGCCCAAGACCACGUGGUUCAAGGGCUGGAAGGUCGAGCGCAAGGACGGCAACGCCGAGGGCAAGACCCUCAUCGAGGCCCUCGACGCCAUCCUACAGCCGUCCCGGCCCACCGACAAGCCCCUCCGUCUGCCCCUUCAGGACGUGUACAAGAUCGGUGGUAUCGGCACCGUGCCGGUCGGCCGAGUCGAGACAGGCGUCCUUAAGUCGGGCAUGGUGGUGACCUUUGCCCCGGCCGCCCUCACCACCGAGGUAAAAUCCGUGGAGAUGCACCACGAGGCGCUGACCGAGGCCCUGCCCGGAGACAACGUUGGCUUCAACGUCAAAAACAUCUCGGUGAAGGAGUUGCGCCGCGGCUACGUGGCCGGGGACUCGAAGAACCAGCCACCCCGGGGUGCCCAGGACUUUGUGGCCCAAGUGAUCGUGCUCAACCAUCCCGGGCAGAUAAGCAACGGGUACACCCCCGUCCUCGACUGCCACACGGCCCACAUAGCCUGCAAGUUCGCCGAGAUCAAGGAAAAGUGCGACCGCCGUACCGGCAAGACCACGGAGGAAAAUCCAAAGAGCGUGAAGAGCGGCGACGCGGCCAUUGUCCUCCUCCAGCCGACCAAGCCGAUGUGCGUCGAGUCGUUUCAAGAGUUCCCGCCACUGGGCAGAUUCGCGGUGCGCGACAUGCGCCAGACCGUCGCCGUGGGGGUCAUCAAGAGCGUCACCUUCAAGGACCUCCAGGGUAAGGUGACAAAGGCCGCGGAGAAGGCCCAGAAGAAAAAGUAACCAUCAAGCUUCCUCGGGAGCUGCAGCUUGGAGCCGACCGCGACCCACGACAGCGACCACUACUCGCCACAACUAUUAUCAUUAUUACCAUUGUAUACCGCUGUCAAACUUGCGGCACUCGAUCGUCGUCGUCAUCUGUUUCAUCCCCAUUACCACGAACCUCACCGUCAGUAUCAUCCGGUCAAUAAAAUCGCCAUCGAUCCGGUGAUAACCACGAGCACCAGUAGCAACGACAAUUGCUGCGGGUGUUCCGGGACUAGCGACGAGCCCCAGCGUCGUCACCUCGUUCGCCACGAGCCGGGCGUCCUUCGCUACCCCGUGGUUCUCAAUCCGCGCAUCUACCCCCACCUGCACAUACAAUUCACCCACGCGCCACGAACGCCCCAAAUAUGCUAGGGCUGCCCCGGCGUAGGCCGCGCCCGCUGUUUAACGCCGCCAGAACCAUCGUCGUUCUCCACUCGUACUUUUACACCACCGGUUGCCACGUACAACUCGGUUAAAUGACACGGGGGCUCGUUGACGCGAGCCCCUAGGAUGUAUACCACGUAGGGUUAUACACACACACAUAUAUAUAUAUAUAUAAAUAAUAUCAAGGUGGCGGCGCGGCAGCUUCGGGUCUACCACCUCCCUCUCUCUCUCUCUCUCUCUGAUGCGCGUCCCUAUGGUAUACACACACAGUAACUGCAUACACGUUUAUCCGUGCCGAAUGCACAUUGAUUACGACUGGUUUUUUCAUUUUCACCAGAUUUUAAAGGUGUGGUUAUAAUUAAUCACCAAGUGCGUGACUUUUUUUUUCGCAACUUUUGCGUUUUGUUGAUUUUGGCUGUGUUAAAAACCCACCUUUUGUUCGACAACUUGCACGCGUCGGAAUAUCAAAAACCUCGAAAUCGACAAAGAGAGAGGGAGUCUUAUGGAAUUGACUUUCAUUACCCGCGGAAUAUCGGCGCUUUUCUCGUUUGCUGUAACGAUCCGUGAACGAUGAAGGGAGGAAAAAGCUGCGCUUUCGUAAGCGUGUGGCUUUAGGUUUCGUUGAUGCAUUUCGCGAACAAAAGCAAAGACUAAUGGAAAAUAAACUCAAGGAAAGAUCGAGAGGAAAAUGAAACAUUCGAAAAAAAUUCAAGGAUUCGAAUGAAACUGUACGUAGACGUAAGUUAAUAAAUCCAAAUCUGUGAUUACGAAAAAUGUUUUUCAUCUUUUUUUUUCAUCAUUUUUACAUUUGUAACGCACAUUAUUUUUACAUUUUCACAGUUCGUAAUCUUUUAAAACAGCAAUAAUAUUCGUUCCUAUGAUCUUGGAAAUUUUUAAUUAAAAAAAAAAAAAAAGAAAUCCGAGUGAUGGAUAAGAAAAUCAAUGUAGUACAAAAUGUUAUGACUAAACUGUUUGACGAUGGUCAAUUCGAAUUCUUGAAUUUUUUUAAACAAAACAAUGUCUGCGCUACUUGGAUCGCAGUACUUAUCAAGGCUGAAAGUGCGCGUUUAUUCGGAAUCACUUGUAUUACCGAUUACGAAUCACAAUUGAUACUAUUACCAUUAUAUUGUAACAUUAUUACUAUUAUUACGAUGGUAAACAUUACUUGUACCAUUAGGACUUAUUGUUACACUUAUUGCUAGUUUUAAUAUUUAUUAUUGAAAAAAUAAUACACAUCGGAUAUUUUCGUUGUUUGAAACAAUUGCGAAUACAUUUACAAAGGUUUAUUAUUGAUGUUUUUUAACGAUUAUUACCAUUGCAGCAUGUAAAAACACAUUUGAUUCAACGUGGUUAUCUCGGAUGGACUCGUGAUGAUGAUUUCGCAGGCAAACUCUACAGUAAUAACAUGACGUGAGAAAUAAAAAAAAGAAACGAUCGAUUGCAUAUUAUGAAUAAUAUUAUAAUAAUAGGAAUUUGGGGAUCAAAAUGACAUGAUUAGUCUUGUAACUUCCCAAAUCGAUCCCAAAAACUUAAAUGGCCCCUAAUUAUAUCACGUAUUAUGAAAAUACAAAAAAUAAAAUAAAAUAAUAAGUAUAACAAACAUAAUGUAGGCGCGUUCUGCGAAUUGCGUUUACCCGCAUUAUUCAUUCCCCUCAUAGUCAGUAUUACAAUGUAUUGAAGAAAAAAAAAAAAAUAUACACGAGUUUUAAUCGCCACUUUAUUAUGAUUUUUCACCUAUCAUUGUAGCUCUAAAACUCCCUUUCUACGCUUAUUAGUACCUUAUUUUUAUCGUUAUACUCGCCCUUGACUAGUACAACGUGUAUUUAUUUAUUACUCUUUAGUGUUUUUAAUUAUUUUUAAUAAAAUAAAGUUGAUAAGCAUUAUUUAAUUUGUUUAAUUUUUUAAAAAUUUCCAAUACGUGGUAUUUUUGAUGCCAUGAAAUUCCGUCAGCAUCCAACAACAAAUGUUUUGCGCUUUAUUUUUUUAUUCAACCUGUGUUAUGAGUAAAUAAUAAUUUCAUUUAUCAUAGGUUUGAAAGAAAAGGUGCAUAUAAAUAAGGAGAUUCGGUUUUAGGUAAAUAUAAGUAUAUAAUUUAUUUCUCUCUCACAAAUCCUUGUCUGCAUAAACUUUCUUUUUUACAGGCUAAGCAAUUUAUGUACAAAUAAUAUUUUAAUGAUAAUUAAUGCAACGUGUGUGGAUGAUAUUUACAGAAAAAGAGGAAAAUUUUUGUUCUCAUCUUUCUCCGCGCAGUGUAAUGCAAGUCUCGGUCAGUCUUGAGUUGCUGAGGCCCGUUGCUCAUUCAGCUUCAGCUCAUUUUUCGUGUUACACCGAGCUUUGCAGUGUUUUCACUUUAUACAUUGUAUAUUUAUUAUUUCAAUGGCUUUCACUGCUUCGCAUUUUUUUUUCACUUUUUUAUUUAUUUAUUUAUUAUUUUUUUUUUUUUAUCGAACACCCUCAUCAUUUCGUAGUCGUGGUAAACAUUACUUAUGUCCAUUUUUUUGUUUUGUUUUAUUUUGUUUUUAAGUCGCGUAUAUACAUAGUUUUGUCUGUUAACUUCCCUAUGGUUAUUACAUACCCUGAAAUCGCUAUUGAUUAAAAAGGUUCGCAAUUGUUAUUUUUUUUAGCGGUAAUAAUAUUGUAAAAUAAUUUCAUGACAAAGCGUAAAAAAUUAUUUUUAAAAUAUCACUGCGACAACCUUUCAACAGAUGACGACUUCAUUUUUUACUUCACCACUAGCACGAGGAUCGUAAUAUCACAAAUUUAUACAGUUGGAAAUAAUACAAAAUAGAGAUGAUGUAUACAGUAACAGCUUUGAAAUGCACCGUUUCUUUUGAAAAAACUUUAUCGCCGAAAACUUGUAGGCUUUCUAUUUUUUUCUCAAAUUAUUUACAACAACUUACAAAUCACAUGAUGAAUGAUUUCCAUUCUCAGACAAGCCGUGA